UCCCCUACCCCCCCCCGCGAUGAUGCUGUCUGCACGGGGGGUCUUGGGCCCCCCACUCGGCCUCUCCGCGCUGCCAAUCAAGCUGCUCGCGCUCCCCCAGGGUGGGCUGGACCCGCCUGCCGCGGGCCCCGAGCCGAUGGCCGCCCCCUUCCUGCCCCCUCCACCGCCCCCCCAGAACGGCUUGGGGGGCGACUUCGCUCAACAGCUGGGGGGGGGCUCUGCGAGCAGCCUCGCCCUCUACACGGCAGCCCCCCUCAAUCACGGCAACUCCACGGCAGCCGCGACCUCCGCUCACCACGGACUCUCCGUCCCCGGCACGGCAACGCAGCAAACGGAGGAUGAGUCGGCGCUGCCCCCGCCCCCGGCAGACGGUGGGGGCCCCCCCUCCCCCAAGGGGCAGCACAAGAGGCUCCACGUCUCCAACAUCCCCUUCCGCUUCCGCGACCCCGACCUCCGGCAGAUGUUUGGGCAAUUUGGAAAAAUCUUGGAUGUAGAGAUCAUCUUCAACGAGCGGGGGUCAAAGGGAUUCGGCUUCGUGACGUUUGACAGCAGCGGAGAGGCGGAGCAGGCGAGGGAGAAGCUGCACGGCAGCGUGGUGGAGGGGAGGAAGAUCGAGGUGAACAACGCCACAGCGCGGGUGAUGACGAACAAGAAAGCCGUGGCGUCGUUAAGCAACGGAUGGAAAGGGAACCCUGUGGUGAGCGCGGUGUACGCGCCAGAGAUCUACGCCGUGGCGGGCAUCCCCUUCCCCGCGGCCGCCGCCGCCGUCCCGGCCGCCGUCCCGGCCACAGCAGCGGCCGCCGCGGCCGCAGCGGCCGCCGCGGCCGCAGCGGCCGCGGCGUUCCGUGGGAACCACGCGAGGGGCAGGGCCCGGGCCGUGUUCAGCGCCCUCCGCGUGCCGCCCCCCACCAUGCCCGCAUACGGGGGAGUGGUCUACCAGGAUGGGUUCUACGCUGCCGACCUCUACGGCGGCUAUGCCACGUACCGCUACGCUGCCCCUGCCACGACCGCCUACAGCGACAGCUACGGACGCGUGUUCGCCCCGGCGGAGGCGUUCCAUCCGGCGCUGGGCCCCGCCGCCACCUAUGGGGUCAGCACCGUGGCGAGCCUGUACCGUGGAGCCUACAGCCGCUUCACGCCCUACUGACCCCGUGGGGGGGGGGGGGCACUCUCCCUCAACAUCACCCCAGCCCCCACCCCCAACUCCCCCUUCUCGGGGGAGCAGCCAUAGCAAUACACCGCCCCCCCCCCCCCAGCACCUCGAUGGGUUGGAGGACGUUCCCAUGACGGGGCCAAAUCCGGGAAUAAUCUUUCAACGUUGGGACUGAAAGUGAAGGCCACGAGGAGGGGGGAGGCGGUGCCCCCCCUCCACCUCUCCCAGCUCCGUCCUUCACGUGAUGAACACGUGACCGGAUUUUAAUAUUUAAUUAAUUGUGGCGACAUCGUCAUCCACCACGGCGGGGGUCACGGGGUCAGCACCGUGGUGGGGUGGGCGGGAGGGGGGUCAAGAGAAGCAGCAGCAGCAAGAGGAGCAGCAGCAGCAGCAGCAGCUGUAGCAACAGCAGCGACACCAACACCGCAGCAGCAGCAGCUGCAGCAGCUGCGGUGUUGGUCCUCUCGGCCACCCCUUCACACCGAGGGGGUGGAUUUGGGAGCUCCCCUGCACAGCCCCCUCUCUCUCCCUGCGGGUGGCAGCACCAUCCACCCGUCAAUCACGACCUCGCCCCCCCGCCCCCCGCCCACUCCCCACACUUCUUCUUUGCUGGCGCCGCAUGCCGCUAAUUAACUCGGGGCCGCGAAGGCAUCUGUGCCAUUAAUUGGCUUCUCAGCCUCCUGAUUAAAUUAGUGUCCAGCCUUGCCACUGGUGGGUGAGCCGCCGGAGGGGGAGGGGGGAGGGGGGGUCGGGGUCUAAACUGCCGGCACUUGGAAGGGUCCUGCUUCCCUUUACACACGGAGUUGAUUGAGCACAAGCAUCUUGAGUUGCGCCAGGUUAUUUAUUAGCAGAGAUUCGGGGAAAGAGACGAUCGCUAUGAUGAUGACGACGACGACGACGACGCGAGGAGGGAAUUCCAGAGUGGAGCAGUGGGAGGGUUAGACCCGGGGCGGUGAGUGGGGUGAGUGGGGUGUGAGUGUUUCAGUAAACGCGGGCUGCUGCUGUUGUGCGUUUGAAGACUUACCGAAGCUGCUCUUCCACAUCCCCACCACGGAGUCGGGCGCGCUCGGCUGACGCCGGACAAACUUCACCGGAUCGCGACGCCGACGCUGCUGCUGCUGCUCCUCCGUGCUGACGAAGAGGGAACGAGGAACGUGGGAGAAAGCGGGGAACCCGAUGGACAGACGGGAGCAAUGAAGGAUCUGCAAUGUAAAGGAGGAGGAUUCUGCGGCACGGGAAAGCCACGUGUCUCCAGCUGGGGCGUGCGUGGGAGGGGGUCCAGAUGGGACGAAGCCUGGCGACGUCUACCCACGUGUAGCCCCGUGGCGCCAAGUGACUGGGGAUGAAAAUAAGGGCCCCCCCAAGGCUCCCUGUGCCCCCCCCUGCCCCCCCCAUUAUCCAUAACCCCCCACCCCCCCCCCACCGUCCGUCUCGACGCAGCAUUAUGCAAUGGCCGUGUGCGGCAGGGCCCACACGCGUAUUAUUCUCGAUGCUUCCAGCCGCGCUGACGUUUCGCGUCGAUGCCAAAGCGCGGGGCCUGUGCGUUUUUGUAAAUCUCCCGCGACCCCCCCCCCCCUCCCCCGGA